AGUGAGUGAGGUUAAUUGGAUAUGUUAUUUUUAAUACUACUAGUGAUUUAAAGUAGAUUUAAACACGAGACUCAUGCAAUUUUGAGCUAGUUCUUUACUUCUCUGCUACUUGAGCGAUUGCAUGUCCUAGAUAUCCUGUUAUUCUCUAUAUUUUUCUUAAUAACAGACAUUAAUAGUUUGAAAUUUUAGACAGUUUAUUUUCGCCUAGAACACAACAUUACUUUGCAUUACGAACAAGUAUCCCAAUAAACUAAAAUAGUGGUAUUCUAUGUUUGGUGAUAAAUCAAGUCACUCUGAUAAGCACAUCACUUAUGUAAUUUAGAUAAAAUCAACAUUCAUAUUAUAAUCAACUCUUUAACAAAAGUGCCAAGUAAUAGUGAAAAGAGAACAGGUUGAACAGAUACUUACUUAGGCAAAGACAUUUUUUUCCAUUGUUCUUACAAAAUUAGUAGUGAAAAAAGAUUAUGCGGUAAUUUUCGCAUUCAUCAACAACUGUAGGUAAUCAACUGUUUUGUGUGAAAAUUUUUUCCAAUUCGCUACUGUGAAUGUUUUCUCUUAAGUGUAGCACGCUAUGUAUUAAAAAUGAUAUAAAUAUAUUUCAGAUCUGGAGAGACUUUUCAGUUGUUACUUAUUUUUCUUGGUGUGCUCAUCUUAAGGUCUCAUCAAAAUCUUCCAUCGUCAAUUUGUAAAUUUGUCGUUUUUUGGAAAGAAUAGAAAAAAAAAUGCCUGAAAGUAGUGUUCAAGAAUCUAUUCCAACUUGGCUUAAUGCAAAGUUCUUUGAGGAUAUGCUCAAAAAGCACGAAAAUGAUAUCAAUUUAAAAGUGAUAUCAGUAAAAACAUCAGAUGUUACAGGAAAAGGUGAACAUUAUGCUAGUGUUAUGUGGAGGGCAGCCGUUGAAGUGAAAUCGUCCAAAUCACCAAAUAUUCUUAAAUGUUCCUAUGUUGUUAAAAGUGUCUAUGAAGAUCCCGCAAAGAGUGGUAUGUUUGCCAUGUACGGAAUUUACAAGAGAGAAAUCGAAAUGUAUGAGAAAGUGAGUGUGGAAAUUGGAAAAAUUCUAAAAUCCAUUGGAGAUACUACCCAACUCUUUCCCAAAGCCAUCCAUCAUGACUACGAAAAGGAAGUGCUCGUUUUUGAAGAUUUAGCCCUACGUGGCUUCAGAAAUAUCGAUCGUCGAGAGAGAUUGGACAUAGUUCAGGCAAAAAUGGUCAUGGAGAAAUUAGCCAAAAUGCAUGCAGCAACAGCAAUUCUCGAAGAAAGAAAACCGGGAUUCUUUUCACAUUUCAACAUGGGCAUAUUUAAUCGAAAAGUUACGGCUUUUCUCGAUUUCUUUCUCUCACAUCUGGAUAUAUGCAUUGAAGAGGUAUCCAAAUGGGACAAUUACAAACAGUAUCAACCAAAAUUACUAAAAAUUCGCAAUGAACUCAAUGAACGCGCUUCCCAAGUUUAUGACCCAUCGAAAGACUUUAUGAAUGUUCUCAUUCACGGUGAUUUGUGGACAAAUAACAUUAUGUUUACGUUCGAUGACAAAAAACAAGCAAAUGAUUUACUUUUUGUCGAUUUACAAUUUUCAACCUGGACUUCACCAGCUGUUGAUAUUCUCUACUUUUCUCACAAUUCACUCAAAGAAGACAUACGCCAGACAAAAUUAGCCGAAAUUAUUCAGCACUAUCAUAUGCACUUAAGUACUUUACUCAAGAAACUCAACACUAAAAAGAAAAUACCAACUCUUCGAGAAAUGCAAAUUAUGAUCUUGGAAAAAGAAUUUAUGGCUUUUCUUGCUGGAGUCAUGAUGCAGCCGAUUAUGCUUGUUGAAGAUUCUACCAAUGCUGACAUGGACACUAUGCUAUCGGAUUCAGAUGCAUCAUUGCAAUUUAAGAGAAAUCUCUAUCGUAAUCCUAAAACCCAGAUAGCAUUGAAGUACCUGCUUCCAUAUCUAGAUCAACGUGGAAUUUUAGAUUAAAAAAAUAAAUAAAAUCCGAAACAAAUAUUUACUAAGCCUAAAGUAAUAAAUUUUUCAUGUUAGCGUAUAGAAUCUCUAGUUAAAUUUGUAUUUCUUUUUUUGUUUGAAUGACAUGAAAAUUUAACCUUGGAGGGUGAGUUUCAUCAAGUGCAAUGCAAAUAAGCUGCAAUUGUUGUUCAUUUGCAAUUUCUCCUGGAUAGACGAGAUAAUGGAUGGGUUGUAUAUAUAGAACUUAGACAAUUGGUUCAUUGGAUCAAUGUUUGUACUAGAAUAAAUUUUCUCCAGUUAUGGGAGAUAAUCACAAUGAAUAUAGAAUUUUUUUGACUA